GUUUUUGAUCGACAAAUUUUAAACAUCAUUGAUAAUUAGAGCCAGAACAAAAAUCCAUGCAGACAGGUCACCGACGGUUAUGCGGAAAACAAAGGGGCCAGAGACUGAAGCUUUGAGCCAAGGCAGCUCACUGACAAAGAGAAUGUGGACUAGAUUAACUAUACUUCUGAUGCUUGGUUUGGUUUCUGCGAAACCCGCGCCAGAAAUUAGCCUGCAAGAGAUAGAGAAAGAGCUUGAGGAGUUAACAGCAAAGGAACAUGAUGCUUCUGAGACAACAGUAAAGAAGGCCAAUCAAGCAGACACGCCCCAGGAGACAAAGUCUGAUGAAGCUACAAAGGAGGAGACAAACCACCAGGAAAAUCUUCAAAAUAGUGCUAUAGAUGCAAAAGAGAAGAAAAAAGAAGAGGUGAAAAAAGAUGCAGAGACAGAGAAAAAGAAAUCUGACUAUCUUGAGAUACUGCCCAAAAAGCCAGUGAAACCAGGUCCUGAGGAAAUCCCUCACCGUGAUGUAACUGAGUCUGACUUUAGAGAUACUGAAGCCUACAAGAGACUCUUAGAGGCAAGAAAUUCAAGAUUGUUGUCUCAACUAAGUGAGGAAUAUAAGAAUGACUACCCUUCUUUACCUAAAAGACCUAAGUUACCUGAAGCCCCUCACAGGAGAACAUACGGCAAUACUGAUUAUAAUGAAUAUGACCAUCCGUAUCCUUAUCUGCCAGUUCCAAAAAGACUAUAUUUUCCGGAAGCCCCCCACAGGAGAACGUACGAUACCUAUCGUAAGAGUUAUGAUUACGUUCCAAAGGACCUUUACGCGCCAUGGGAUCGCACUGGAUUUGAGUCAAAUUCUGACCAAUCAGCAGGGAUGAGAGGAAUGCCUUAUGACAUGACCAGAGCAGAACGAAUGGCCCUUCUUUCAGGCGGAAAAUGGCUCCCAGAUUCUCAGGCUGUAAAAGUUCCAGCAGUACUGCCUCCCCCAAGUCGUUCAGAUGUCGAUACUCGGUCAUACAAAAGCUUCCAUGGGAAGAUGAACGAUAAAGAGACAGAAGACCUGAUACGUGGUAAAGAAGGACUGACAGAGACAGAGAAGCGCAAGCGUUUACUCACCGACCUAUUGGCGGAAAAGCUCAAGUCAAAGGUGAGUGAAGCACAUAAACGGGGCAUCGAGAUUCCAUCCAAAAUACAAGAAUUCCUUUUGAAUUAUGAAGCACGGCGAACAGCGGACACACGAUCUGAGAAAGACCGUCUAAGCCACUGAGGAAUUCGUGCGAUGAGAAAUCCCUACUGAUAAGAAAGCGCGACUAGCACUUAAUGAUAGGUAGUUAGACAUGAAGAUUUAAGCACAGUAAUUACAGCAGAGGUAUAAUUUUAACUUGAAUAUUUUCACUGUAUAUUUAGAGUGAUUACGCUAUGUAGCAAUGUUUAAUUGUUAUCAGGACUGAGAAAAUAAUAACAGAUGUAGCAAUUGAGCAA